UCUCUCUCUCUCUCUGUUCUGUUUCUUUAGUUAUACAAACUUCUAGCAUAUUUAUUUCUCUAUCUCCUCUUCUUGGUGCCGACUUUCAGCUGGAUUAGCUUCUCGAUAAUGUCCUACAGUUUCUUUCUACUCAGAUAGUUAAUUUACUGUAGCGGAGUAUAAGUUAUUUUAUUGUUUUAAGUUUGUUCAAUAAUCCCCUGAGGAAGUCUAUUUGUUCUCCUUUGUUGCGUGGAGGAUUUUUGUUUUGGGUUUUCUCCUGUUUUUAAGGGAAGAAAGUGAUUCAUGCAGAUAAGAUGUUAUUGUCAGUUUAUGUGUAUUAAGGAAAUAUUUUAAGCAAGUUACCAUAAGAUAUUCUGUUUGAGCUUAUAAUUGUGCUUACAAAUCCUUAAAAUAAUACUUAAGCUGAUGUGAACUCUGAAGGCUUUAGCCUCUGACCACAAGGUCCUUGCCUACUUCGUUGACCAAACCUUUGUCUUGGCUAAAUUUCCUCAAAUCCAUAUCCUGUCUCCCAAAUGCAUUGAUUUGUUCAAUACAUAGAUCCUCAUUCAUAUAGAUCUUGUAAUCUUCUUGAGUCGCAGAGGGAUGGAAUUCUCUAGAGAAGCUGGAAUGAUGAUGGAAAAUAAGCAGAAUGUCUGUUCUCUUGAAGAAAAUAGCAUCAAGCGCCAUAAGUCUGAUCUCUCUUUCAGUUCCAAGCAGAGAAAGGACAAAGCUGGAGAACGUAUCUCAGCUCUUCAACAGAUAGUUUCCCCUUACGGAAAGACCGACACUGCAUCAGUUCUUCAAGACGCGUUGCACUACAUAGAGUUUCUACAUGAACAAGUGAAGGUCUGCUCAUUUCUCUUCAUAUCAGUUCGAUACCAUUACCAUUUACCAACCAUGAUUCUUUCAUCUUCUUACUUAAGAAAACGUCAUGUUCUUCUUGUGCAGGUGCUAAGCGCUCCGUAUCUGCAAACAAUGACCUCCGCUACGCAGGAGGAGCUGGAGCAGUACAGCCUGAGAAACAGAGGACUAUGUCUUGUUCCAAUGGAGUAUACAGCAGGAGUUGCUCAAAGCAACGGGGCUGAUAUCUGGGCGCCCGUGAAGACUCCUCCAUCUCCAGCUUUUGGUGUCAAGUCUCAAUCACCCUUUAGAUGACUGUUUCAGACUCUUCCCAACCUACUACGAUCUUCGUCUUAAGCCAAAAGAAGAUGGCCAACUUUUAUUGUUCAGAUGAUGCCUCUGUAUCAUACAUAGACCAAGAGACGCAUGAAGUUGGUUUAGAACAGCUCAGAGUUGGUGAUGGCUGUUUACUAUUUGACCAGCUUAUUAUGUAAUUUGCCUAAACAUAAACCAAACGAUUCUAAUGCUAAGUAAUUUUUAUGCCAAA